AUGUACUCUUCAUUCUACCGAGUAUUUAUUUCACAUGGUGAUGAUGACAAUGAUGAGAUUGAAGAUAAGGAUAAUGACUAUGUUGGUGAUGGUGGUUAUGAAAUGAUAAUGGUGACAUACAUUCAUUCUACAUUCUUUCUUAUUCCUUGUUGGCAGGUGAUUAGUAUUUACAUGGGCAUCACUGUCAACUUAAUGGAUGCAUGGUCGCCAUAUAAAGCUGCUUAUACUGCCCUAACUAACACUGUAGACACUAACAAUGUAAAGGAGCUGAGUGUGCGGUAUGAUCAACGCCUCCAGAAACUACGCAAGGUUGCCAGGCACUACCUAACAGAAGGUUCGUUAACUGAAGAAUACGUGCUUGAUAACAUCCCGAAACUGAUGAACUGUCUGCGGGAAUGUAACGUGACUAUUCGAUGGUUGAUGCUACACACAGCAGAGGGUGGUAUGCAUCAUUGCUUUUUUUCUAUUUUUAUUGCCUCCGUCAA